AUGCGGCGCCGCGCCGCCCGGGGACCCGGCCCGCCGUUCCCCCGGGCCGGGGUCCCGCCGCUGCCGCUGCUGCUGCUCGCGCUGGCCGCUCGUGGGGGCUACGCGGCUCCCGCGCCCCACGCGGAGGACCUCAGCCUGGGAGUGGAGUGGCUGAGCAGGUUUGGCUAUCUGCCCCCAGCGGACCCCGAAACAGGACAGCUGCAGACACCAGAGGAGCUAUCCAAGGCCAUCGUGGCCAUGCAGCGGUUCGGAGGCCUGGAGGCCACUGGCGUCCUAGAUGAGGCCACCCUGGCGCUGAUGAAAACUCCUCGAUGUUCCCUCCCUGACCUCCCGGCCGCAGCCCCGGCUCGAAAGAGACGCCAGGCUCCAGCCCUGACCAAGUGGAACAAGAGGAACCUGUCGUGGAGGGUCCGCACUUUCCCGCGGGAUUCGCCCCUGGGCCGCGACACAGUGCGGGCACUCAUGCACUACGCACUCAAAGUCUGGAGCGACAUCACUCCCCUGAACUUCCACGAGGUGGCCGGCAGCGCCGCCGACAUCCAGAUCGACUUCUCCACGGCCGACCACAACGACCGCUACCCCUUCGACGGCCCGGGCGGCACAGUGGCCCACGCCUUCUUCCCGGGUGACCACCACACCGCAGGGGACACCCACUUUGACGACGAUGAGGCUUGGACAUUCCGCUCCUCAGAUGCCCACGGCAUGGACCUGUUUGCAGUGGCUGUCCACGAGUUUGGCCACGCCAUCGGGCUGAGCCACGUGGCAGCCACUCGCUCCAUCAUGCAGCCGUACUACCAGGGCCCGGUGGGUGACCCGCUGCGCUACGGGCUCCCCUACGAGGACAGGGUGCGCGUCUGGCAGCUGUACGGCGUGCGGGAGUCGGUGUCCCCCACGGCUCAGCCGGACACCCCAGAGCCUGAGGAGCCACCCCUCCUGCCAGAGCCCCCUGACAAUCGGUCCAGCACCCCGCCCAGGAAGGACGUGCCCCACAGAUGCAGCGCCCACUUUGACGCAGUGGCCCAGAUCCGCGGUGAGGCCUUCUUCUUCAAAGGCAAGUACUUCUGGCGGCUGACCCGGGACCGCCACCUGGUGUCGCUGCAGCCGGCACAGGUGCACCGUUUCUGGCGGGGCCUGCCGCUGCACCUGGACAGCGUGGACGCCGUGUACGAGCGCACCAGUGACCACAAGAUCGUCUUCUUCAAAGGAGACAGAUACUGGGUGUUUAAGGACAAUAACGUAGAGGAAGGAUACCCGCGGCCUGUCUCGGACUUCGGCCUCCCGUCGGGCGGCGUCGAUGCCGCCUUCUCCUGGGCCCACAAUGACAAGACUUAUUUCUUUAAGGACCAGCUGUACUGGCGCUACGAUGAGCACACACGCCGCAUGGACCCCGGCCACCCGGCCCAGAGCCCCCCGUGGAGGGGUGUCCCCAGCACGCUCGACGAUGCCAUGCGCUGGUCCGACGGUGCCGCCUAUUUCUUCCGCGGCAAGGAGUACUGGAAGGUGCUGGACGGCGAGCUGGAGGUGGCGCCCGGGUACCCACAGUCCACCGCUCGGGACUGGCUGGUCUGCAGAGACCUACCCGCCGAACCCGAGGGCAUGGAUGGAGAGGCCGGGGCCCACGCGCGACCGGGACAGCGCGACCAUAGCCGCUCGGAGGACGCCUACGAGGUCUGCUCCUGCACCUCCCUCGCUGCCCCUGCCUCGCGGGUCGCGGGCCCACCGCUGGCCGUGCUGCUAAGCUUCCUGUGGACAGCGGCCCAGGCCCUGACGCUGUGACAUUCGGUGCUGGCCUUCUGGCCAGGGCCCGGAGCUAUGAAGUGCAAGGACUGGUGCCCGCCCCUCCAGCACCCUAGGCAAGCGUGGCAGCAGAGCGGACCCCGCCUUGAGGCUGGGGACGGGCGCCCCUAUUCCCGGGCCGAGGCCACCAGCUGCAGCCUCCCUAGCUCUGGCAGAGGCCAGCAGAGGGCGCUGCUCCUCGGGCCGUGGAUGCUGGAGUAGCGCGCGCCUGGCCUUGACUGCCGGCUGUGAGCUGGGAAGACUUCUUCACGGCCCUGAUGGGGGCCGGAGCUGUCUUUUUCAGCCUGUGAGUGACGGCGUCUCAUGGAAAUUAACAGAAGAUUAAUAUCUCACGGAGACUGACAGGAAUGGGCAGGAGUGGGGGCGUUACAUCAGGCCUCGGGGCCCCCAGCUCCGCAGGCCCUGGGAAGGGCAGCCCGGGGGUCCCACGGCCACCCCCUCCCCAUCACCGGACCGCACU